AUGAAACUUUUCAUGUCUCCUGGCUUGCCCAGCAUCAACAUGGAUCCUUCUUUCAGGCGAAAAGAUAAGGUUAUUGUUGUAAUGGGAGCCACCGGGACUGGCAAGUCCAAGCUUGCCAUAGACCUCGCAACCCGUUUCCCUGCUGAGAUUAUAAACUCGGACGAAAUGCAAGUCUACCAAGGCUUGGACAUUGUCACCAACAAAGUCACUGAAGAGGAGUGUAGAGGCAUACCUCACCACUUGCUUGGAAUAAUGGAUCCAAAAUUCAACUUCACAGCCAAUGAUUUCAAGCAGCAUGCAUCCUUGGCUAUCGAAUCGAUCUUGGAGCGCGACAGGCUCCCCAUCAUCACCGGUGGCUCGAAUUCCUACAUCGAAGCUCUGGUGGACGACCACCCCGAGUUCAGAAUGAAGUGCGAGUGUUGCUUUAUAUGGGUGGAUGUGGCGCUGCCGGUGCUCAAGUCUUUUGUAUCGGAGAGAGUGGAUCGGAUGGUGGAGGCCGGUUUGGUGGAUGAGGUGAGGAGAAUGUUCGAUUCCACUGCUGAAGCAGAAUAUACUCACGGAAUCAGGAAGGCUAUAGGGAUGCUUGAAAUGGAUGAGUAUUUGCGGGGCGAAGCUUGUGGUAUCAACGAUGAGGAAACGCAAGAGAGGCUUCUUCAAACAGCUAUUUCCAAAAUUAAAGAAAACACUUGCAUUUUGGCAGACCGCCAAUUGCAAAAGAUUCGUCGGCUCUGCAGCCGUCGAAACUGGAACAUGCAUCGCCUCGACGCCACAGAAGUAUUCUCAAAAAGGAAGAGUAGCAGUAGGAAUAGCAACACCAAGUCCAGCGGUGAUGCAGCUCCCAGGAGUGGUGCCGUUGGUAAAGAAACACCGGUGCUAUUGACAGCGGGAGUGCCUAGGGGACCAGAAAUACUGCAUACAAAGCCAAUGUAA